AUUAACAAUUACAAAGUAUUCAAUUAUCUCAGUGUAAUUAAGGUGAGGGCAAAGUAAAUACACAAAGGUAAGUAGCGCUCGUUUAAGAAAAUACGAAGCCGAUAGAGAAAUACGAUUUCAUAGCUGAGCGAAACUUGCUACCCGGAAGCGAUGUAUGGAGAAAAAAAAUAUAGCAGCUAUGUAUAGGCUCGAGAAUAUGACAGAAAGAAAACGUUCAUAUGGAAGGAGAGAAACGUCGACAACACCUAGGCUACUGAGAGCGAGGUAGUCUCUCACAUUCGGUGGAGGGCUCUCUGCAAGAGUGAAAAGGAAAGACAAUGAUAGUUUGCAUAGGAUUCCCACACGGACGCGAGAAAAUCGUCUUGCUUCAUUUCAGAAAAAAAUACGAAGCCGAGAGAAAUGAACCUGCAGAGAGAAUCGGGAGAGAGAUGAGGAAGGGUUUUUGAUCGGGAGACUGGAACUCCACAGACAUUCUGUUGGUUAAGUUUGGCGUGAUAGCACGCAGUUUCUGCUAUUCCGGUAAUUUAUUUUAGAAAGCCGCGAUGGCGUCAAAGGGUCACGACAAUGGCGCAGUGAACGCUUCCGACCGAAAAACGAAGAAGAAGAAACUCGACGUUAUCUUGCAGGAACUGGCUAACGAAAAAGCUUCCAGGAUCAAAAUGAGUAAGCAAUUAGAAGUUGCCAACGAGACAAUCAGAGCUUUGCAAACAAGUCUAACAGCACCUCGUAGCGAAAGUUUACAUAGCAGUGAUUUCGUAAGAGAUAACGGUCCUACUAGUACUCCGCAGCAUUGUAACGAUGUAGAAGCGGAAACAAACAGGGUUGGAUUUCCCGUUAACCUUGACCCCGUAAGUACUCCGCUUCAGGGAAAUUCGAUGGGAAUGGAAAUGUCUCGGUUCAUGUCUUCGAUGAACCAAAUGUCCGUUACUUCCAUCAACGUUCCAGAGUGUAAGCCUGCCUUCGCUGGUGAGCAAAUUGGGCGCCGUGAUUAUGAAUCGUGGAUUGAUCUUCUAUCCGACACUCUGAAACUAGCGGGGGUACAGGACGAGCGUACAAGGUUCAUCGUUUUCAAGGUUAAGGCGGGACCGGUUCUCUUGGAAAUCUUCAAGAAUACAAAGUCGAGUGCCGAAGCCCCAAAUGAAGUGACUCUUCCGUUUUCGAAUGCCCUGUUCAGGAUGAAGACGUAUUUCGGGUCAGCUUCCGACGCUAUGCUCCAACGCCGCAAACUCGCACUCAUUAUACAGCGUUCGGAAGAAACGGAUUUGGCGUUUGUUAUGAGAGUUGGUUCCACAGCCCGCCUGUGUGACUUUCAGGAAGGAAAAGAGUUCGACGAGAUCGUGAAUGCUGUUGCCGGCCAUGCAAGCAACAAGGACGUAAGGGCAGCGGCCCUCAAGAUGGUCAAUCGACCGGGGACGUUCACUGAUUUGGUGGACGUGGUUCGUGAAAUCGAGGCGGUAGCUAUGAAUGAAGAAUACUACCGGUUGAAGCAUGGUAAGCCUGAACCAGCUAAAGUGGCGGCUGUUGGUAAUCCAUAUCCAAAAGCAGGCCCAUCAAGACGUGGAGUUUAUCGGCAUCCAGCGUCAACUCGGGGAAGGUUAGGACAUCCGUACGCUGGACCCUUCAGAACCGGAUCUCGAUUGCCACCAGAUCAGAGGAGAUUUGGAAACUCUCAAGGAAAUGAGUCAUACAGCUGUUACAGAUGCAAUGGUACCGACCACCACGCAGAUGGCUGUUUCGCAAUUGAUACGACAUGUUUCAAAUGCGGACGUAAAGGUCACCUUAAGAGAGCAUGCCGUCCACCAAUCAAGAAGGAAAAUCAUCGCAGAUCCGAAGGUGUUAAUCCGGAUAACACUGUUGGUAAGAUUGCUUCGAUCGACUUGAAUCCGGUGGCCGAGGCUGAUGAGAAUGCUGCUGAGGAUGGGUUGCAUAUUGCAACACUUUUGAUGCCAAAAACUUCGACGGAUGAUGGGAUAAUUACGGCAAAGGUUGCAGGAUUAGAGUGUGAGUUCCUUAUUGACUCUGGAGCCCAAGUCAACACUCUAACACAUGAUCGCUUUGAUUUAUUGCGCAACGAUCGUAGAUACAGAAAGGAAUUGUUCAAUAUACAGUAUAGUACUGACCGACCGUUGAAAGCAUAUGCGACGGAAGGUGAAAUACCAGUUACGUUCACUUUUGAGGCUUUUCUGCAUAUAUCAGACGACCGUCCAAGUUUACUAGAAAAAUUCUACGUUGUCAAGGAAUGUAGAUCGUUGCUGGGAAGAUCAACUGCUACCCGAUAUAGCGUUCUGUUGCUAGGUCUACAAGUACCUGUUAACUCAGUAAAGUCUUCGACACACUCGUGGUACGAUCCACGUGAGAUUGCAUCGGUUACGAUGGACGAAGUUUUUCCAAAAUUUAAUAUCCCGCCGAUACAGUUGAGCUAUGACCAGACCAGGCCGCCUUGUCGCAACGUUUUCAUGAAUAUCCCGAUAGCCGUUAAACCUAUGGUUGAGAAACGGUUGCAUCAACUCCUCGCAGCGAACAUCAUUGAACGGGUAACACACGAAAUGGAGGAUACAUUUUGCUCGUCGAUGCUGGCUAUACCUAAGGGCAAGGACGAUAUCAGAUUAGUGAUAGACCUCAGAGGCCCGAAUAGCUACAUCCAAAGAUCUCCAUUUGCCAUGCCAUGUCUAGAGAAGAUUCUGGCGGAACUAGAUGGUGCGCAGUGGUUCUCGACUAUUGAUAUGUCCAAUGCGUUCUUUCACAUUGAACUUCACGAGAACAGUCGCCACCUUACAAACUUCUGCACGGAGUUUGGAAUGUACCGGUGCGUAAGGCUUCCUUUUGGAUUAUGCAACGCACCAGACAUUUUCCAGGAGGUACUUCAGAGGAAAAUUCUGGCGGGUUGUAAGGGAGUAAAGAACUAUUUAGACGAUAUCCUCAUUUUCGGAAAAACACAAGAAGAGCACGACGAAAACCUUAAUACGGUAAUGGCGUGUCUGCAAGAACACAACGUAAAAAUAAACGCUUCGAAGUGUGUUUUCAAGAGCCAAUCGGUCAGGUUCCUGGGUUUUAGGCUCACUGCAAACGGAUGGCAGAUCGAAGAGGAGAAGAUGAGCGCCAUAAGAGAUUUCCGUAGGCCAGAAACGGUAGCGGAAGUAAAGAGCUUUCUGGGCCUUGUAACAUUCGUCGAUAAGUUUGUGCCACAUCGAGCAACCAAAACUGAAAAGUUACGAAUGUUGGCCAACUCCAUUAAAUUUUACUGGUCCGAAGAAGAAGAACGGGAGUUUCAAACGUUCAAGUGCGAAGCAUUGGAGGCAAUUAAAACUCUCGGAUACUUCAAUACCGCUGACAAAACAGAACUUUUCGUUGAUGCGUCGGCUAUCGGCCUGGGAGCAGUCUUAGUGCAGUUUAACGACAAUGGAAUACCGAGAAUCAUCGCAUGUGCUUCGAAAGCAUUAACAGCAACUGAGCAGAGAUAUCCGCAGACCCACCGAGAAGCUCUGGCUGUAGUAUGGGGCGUGAAUCGCUUCGCGUACUAUUUGUCCGGAAGGACUUUCAUUAUACGGACGGAUGCCGAAGCUAACCAAUUUAUUUUUGGAGGGGAACAUCGGAUUGGGAAACGAGCAGUUUCGCGAGCAGAGGCGUGGGCGUUACGCCUACAACCUUUCGACUUCACGAUUGAGCGAGUUCCUGGCAAAGAUAACGUUGCGGAUGUAUUAUCAAGGCUGAUGAAGAUGUCUCAAGACGCAGAACCUUUUGAAGAUAGUGCCGACGAACACGUGCUGUUUGCAUUAGACACAGGAAAUAUGGACAUCUCUCUAGGAGAAAUCGAAGUGGCUGCGGAACUGGAUGAAGAGUUGAUACAACUAUGCAAAGCAUUGAAGAACGAUGAAUGGCCUCGCGAACUAAGGCGAUACGAAGCACAGAAGAAGCAUCUACACUAUCUAGGCACCUUGGUAUGCAAAGAUGACAAAAUUGUCUUACCCAACUCACUUCGAUCAAAGGCUAUGGAAUCUGCUCAUGGAGGACACGUGGGAGAGGUUGCCAUGAAAAGGAUAAUGCGCGAGUUCUUUUGGUGGCCUAGAAUGGCUGCAGAAACAGAACGGUUUGUGAAAGAUUGUCAAACCUGUUGCAUGUUGUCCAAGAAAAAUCGUCCAUUACCCAUUUCAUCACGUAAUCUUCCUGAAGGACCUUGGGAAAUAAUACAAACGGAUUUCCUCUCUAUUCCGGGAUAUGGAACAGGGGAUUUCCUAACGGUGGUCGAUACUUACUCUCGUUACCUCUCCGUAGUCGAAAUGAGGGGCAAAACAGCAGAAGCUACAAACGCUGCACUGUGCGAUAUUUUUAAGCUUUGGGGUUGUCCUUACAUCCUGCAGAGCGACAACGGACCACCUUUUAAUAGCUCUACGUAUUGUUCGUUCUGGGAAAAUAAGGGCGUUCAUAUCCGGAAAUCGAUACCACUGUGUCCCCAAACAAAUGGGCUUGUGGAACGCCAAAAUCAGUCCAUCAUAAAGGCUGUAUCAGCAUCGACACUUGAUGGUACCAAUUGGCGUAUGAGCUUGGAUAAAUUCGUGCACAAUCACAACACGCUAAUUCCACAUGCGAGACUGAUGGUUACACCAUUCGAGUUAAUGGUCGGGUACAAAUAUCGUGGCACUUUUCCAACUCUCUGGACCGAGUCUCGUUCGAAGGGAUUAGACAGGGACAAUAUUAAGGAAUUGGAUGCUGAAGCAAAGCUUUACAGCAAACAUUACGCAGAUCAGUCACGAGGUGCGAAAGAAAGUUAUAUCAAGGUUGGCGAUGUCGUACUGAUGAGCCAGCAAAGAAAACACAAAAGUGAUCCAACAUUUUCUUCCGAACGCUUCACUGUAAUCACUAGAACUGGUGCAAAAGUUGUAAUCAUGAGUAGCAAUGGCGUGCAGUAUGCAAGAAAUGUACAAGAUGUGAAACUGGCCCCACCGGCAAAGGAGCUUAAUUUUUCGGAAGAUUCAGGGGAAGACAGCGUUCAUCAACACGCAGAUCGCAGCGGACUGGCAAUAAUUCUGGAUGAGGACUCGGAGAAACAAUUGACAGAUGAUUAUCUGGAGCAGCACCAGGUACAGUCUUCAAAAAAUACACUGCAACCCAACCAACAUAUUCCAAACAAAACCACACUUCGUCACCAUUCUAAUGUGAGAAGACCAGCACGAUUCAACGAUUAUUUUAUUUACCAUAUCUAUCAAUGAACAACUGAUUAUUCAAAAUUAUUAGAGUAGAGGUACGGAAUAUUGUAGUAGAUAGAUGUCUCAUAUUAAUAAAUAAAUUAACAAUUACAAAGUAUUCAAUUAUCUCAGUGUAAUUAAGGUGAGGGCAAAGUAAAUACACAAAGGUAAGUAGCGCUCGUUUAAGAAAAUACGAAGCCGAUAGAGAAAUACGAUUUCAUAGCUGAGCGAAACUUGCUACCCGGAAGCGAUGUAUGGAGAAAAAAAAUAUAGCAGCUAUGUAUAGGCUCGAGAAUAUGACAGAAAGAAAACGUUCAUAUGGAAGGAGAGAAACGUCGACAACACCUAGGCUACUGAGAGCGAGGUAGUCUCUCACAUUCGGUGGAGGGCUCUCUGCAAGAGUGAAAAGGAAAGACAAUGAUAGUUUGCAUAGGAUUCCCACACGGACGCGAGAAAAUCGUCUUGCUUCAUUUCAGAAAAAAAUACGAAGCCGAGAGAAAUGAACCUGCAGAGAGAAUCGGGAGAGAGAUGAGGAAGGGUUUUUGAUCGGGAGACUGGAACUCCACAGACAUUCUGUUGGUUAAGUUUGGCGUGAUAGCACGCAGUUUCUGCUAUUCCGGUAAUUUAUUUUAGAAAGCCGCGAUGGCGUCAAAGGGUCACGACACAGACAUUUUAUCUUUCGAAUGAAGAGUUUAUCAUGCCAUUUCGUUCAGUUGUUUAGGAGCUAUUAACGCUCAAAAUCUCGAUCUCCGGCGUAACGCUUUCGUUUUCGAAACUUUGAUUUUACACCCCGGUAUAGAAAUGAAAGACGUAGUCCUACGUCAAAAAGGCUAUCGGGACGUAGCUCUAUUUUGCUUGGAUAAGAGGUUAUUCCGUUACGAAUGUGCUUUAUUGAUUAUAAAAUAAUUUGGCAUGAUAUGUUGAUCAGUUGUGGUGAAAUUAUGUUACGAAAUGUAUGUUUACAAACGUGUAGGUGUUGUGACUCCGAGGAGUAUAGAGUUCUGAGGAACUGGGAACUGAGUGAAUUAUCAUGAGGAAAAUUGCUUCGAGAAGCAAUGGAUUUCAGUUGUGCGUGAUGUUAUGAAUUACUCUGAGGAGUACUAAUUUGUUCUGAGGAACUAUACAUACUUCGAGAAGUAUAUGCUCUGAGGAGCCUAGUAUCAUUUCGAUGGAAAAAUAAUUUGAGAAUGUUUUGUUCUGAGGAACAUCAUAUAUGGUUGAGUUAAAAAAACGUAGCUUUGAGCUCGAAAUUAUGUCACAUUCUGAAAUUAUGUGGCGUUCUGAGAAACACACUGCGUAGACCGAUAUACAUUUCGAUGUUACCAAAUGCCCGCCCGAUCCCUCCUUUUCGAUGCGAGGAAUUAGGGAGGAAUCAAUUAGCAAAGGAAUGGAAGAGCUGGAAGUCUUCGCUAGAAAUUUAUUUUGAUGCGUACGAUGUUACCGACCAGAAGAAGAUGAGAGCCAAGCUGUUGCAUUUCGGAGGAAAGCAGCUACAACGGGUGUACGAAAACUUACCUGAAAUUACCGUUGGUUUCGACAAAAUUAAAUUGGUACGACAUUGCAAUUUCGAAGUUGGACGAGUAUUUUGAGCCUGGUCGGCAGUAUAUUCUGGAACGUUGUCGCUUGCGGAAAAUUCGCCAGGAAAAGCACGAACGCUUUGCUCAUUUUGUUCUACGUAUUAGACAACAACUAGCUGAUUGCGGACUGGAAAAAUAUAAUGCAGAUGUUCGUGAAGUAUUGACGGAAGUUUUCAUGAUUGACGUGAUUGUGGAAGGCUGUGCUUCGGGAGAGUUGCGGCGUCGAAUCUUACAGAAGGACGUUAGUUUGGCGGAAAUUGAAGGAAUGGGUGCCAUGAUGGAAGGAGUGGAACAACAGGUUAAUGACCUGUCUUCCCUUAAUGAGAAGGAACAAUUAUCAGAAAAGGUGUUUCGAGUAGAGGCUCGCGAAGGUACGAAUCGUAAUACAAAAGCAUUCAAUUUUAAAAACAAUCAUGAGAUAACAUGCUUCAACUGUGGCACCAAAGGACACCUAUUUACCUCUACGGAACGCAAGGCCCGCAAUCAGAAAUGUCGCCGGUGCAACAAACCGGGUCAUUUUGAGGCUGUAUGCAGGAAGCGAUCCUCAUCCAGAUCAGGGGCCUCCGGUUCAUAGACGAAGCAGGUACGUUUUGUUAAACAUGAUGACUUGGAGACAAGCGUGCAUUCUGUUGUAGAUCGAUCGCAGGACGAAAUUUCAGGUUCAAAUAAAAAAGUCACAGGAGGGUUGUAUCCGAGACACGACCGCAUAGUUGACGUAGGAUUCCGUUAGGCUAUAUGUUGAUUUUGAUAUGUUUGAAGAAUUACAUCGUUAAACUCUUUGAUAACCAUUUGGUGGCUCUAUAAAGGGCCGUUUAGUUUGAUUGUUGGGUAUCGUUUGUUCACUCCACCAAUGUUUACCGAGCGAUGAUGACAGAAGGAUGGUAAACAGUCGUUGGAUGGUGUGUGUCAGAUAAAAGAUUCCAAAGUGGAACGAGAUAUGAUGAAAACCACCCUCUGUGAUCCUUGUUACCAGUGUGUGGUAACAAAUGUAUUUACUGUGUAUAAAGUCGGCUCAUUAUUGUAUUCACCACUCUUAACGUUCGAAGCAAACUAAUGUUUUUCGUUUGAAAUAGAAUUUCUAUUUUAUUUGUAGUAAAAAUACAAUCAGUACCUUAUACUAAAAUACAAUUGUAAUCUCGAAAUAUCAUUUAUAUAAUGUAAAAGUACUACCAACCGCCACCCAAACCAGCCACCAGUCACCCAAGCUACCAUGCCAUAUUCACCACAGCCAAGGAUCCGGUUCCCGCCAUGUCUGAUCAAUAAGAAUGGGAGAGAUAAUAAAAGACGUCGGAUGACGUGUAGAGGAUUGGGCCCUCGAGAGUCUAAGCGGCAACACGUUGUUAAACGACACGAUCUGUGGAAAUUAUUCGCCGGUGAUUAUAUCACGCAUCAACGGUGUAACUCGAGUGAGAAAGUAGGGAUCGAAAUUCCUGUGGAAAAAUCCCAGAAAACGUUCGUGCAAGUGAACGGAAAGCCGUGUGACAGUUUUCAAAGUGUCACGGCCUACCCCCAAGAAUUGUGGAGUUGCUCGAGAGAGCGUACACCUAGUGACGUUAUCACGCGCAGCAUUGCGUGACAGCAGAAGUUUUCCCGCCGGAAUACCGGCAAAUCUUAAAGAGGAGUCAUCCAGGACAUCGGGGAUCAGCAACAGCAGCAGGAGACGUGGCGUGAUGGCUUGAGUGGAUCCGGAGACAAACGAAAUUCAUGUGAACAAUAAAUGUUAAGUUAGUUUAGUCUAAAAACUAGUUGUCUUGAUUUAGAACGCCUUACAUCCGAAACGACCCUGAAUCUAUGAUCUAGUUCAGUAGCAUCCUAGUUCAUAAGAUAAUUACCAAUACCGAACACAAUUAUCAAUUUUUCUCAUCAGUAAAAACAUGUUACUUUAAUAUAUAGAAAACAUAUUUGAAAUGAGAAAGGUAAUUUUCUUCAUAACAAAAGACAGUUUAAACCAAACGACCCGUUCUCGAGCGGCA